AUGGAUAGCUUGCAUCUUUUCGUGAGGGAAAACCAUCUAGUGAAUGGAGAGAGGCCUCCACCACGAACGUGUCCAAGGUGUCUCUCAGACAACACCAGGAACAUACCCAUUGGUGGCAGUGUCCGUAAAACCAAGCGUCCAAGAAUAGAUCAACCAUCUGUUGCUCAGGUGGUUCCUGUUGAGACCCAACAGGCGGCUCAGCAAAGGAUGGUAUAA